AUGAGCUCAGACUCCGUCCUGAUUCUUGGCGCAGGCUGCUUUGGCCUGGCCACCGCCCACCACCUCGCCUCCAACGGCCACAAGAACAUCACAGUGCUGGAGAAGGGCCAGACCGUCCCCAGUAGCUUCUCCGCCGCCUAUGACCUGAACAAGGUCAUUCGUGCCGAGUACGCCGACCCUUUCUACACCGACCUAAGCCUGGAUGCCAUCCGGAAAUGGCAAUCAGACCCCUUCUAUAAGCCUUACUACCACGAGACUGGCUUUCUCAAUGUCACAUCAAAAGCCGCCCCAGAGUCCACGAAGCGCGUGGUUUCCAGCUACAUCUCCUCCAUUGAAUCGAAUCCCGCAUUCAACGGUUUAGUCCAGAGGGUAAAUGGUGAGGCUGAGAUCAAGAAGCUCAUCCCCGCGUUCUCUGGCCCCGUCGAGGGCUGGACAGGGUACUUCAACAAGCUUGCAGGCUACGGCCACUCUGCCAACGCCCUUCGUGCCGUCUACGAGGAUUGCGUCAAGCUCGGCGUCAAGUUCGAAACUGGACCCCAGCGCGGUGAGGUCGAAUCCCUCAUCUACUCUUCCUCACGGGGUGGCACCUCUUGUAUUGGAGCCAAGACCAAGGGCGGCCACAUCCAUCUCGCCGACAAGACCAUCCUGGCGCUGGGCGCCGAUGUCUGCAAUUUAGUACCCCGAUUGGGCAAGCAGGUCGCUGGUCGAUGCUGGGGUGUUGUGCACAUCCAGCUCACUCCCGAGGAGGCGGAGACCCUGAGAGGCAUCCCCGUCACAAAUGUGCGCGAUCUCGCCUUCUUCUUCGAGCCCGACAGGACCACCAACAAACUCAAGUUCUGCCACAUGGGCGGUGGCUACACAAACUACGCUGGCUCUGCCGACGGCUUCUCCCUUCCUUACUCUAAGCUGGAGGACUCCCAGUUCGUUCCCGAGGAGGACGAGAUCUACAUCAGAAGACUAUUACGAGAGGUUCUUCCCCAGUUUGCUGACCGGCCGUUGAUUGACCAGCAUCUGUGCUGGUUCGCCGAUACAGACGACUCCGAUUAUAUUGUCGACUUUGUCCCGGGCACCAACUCCUCGCUGGUUGUUUUGUCCGGCGACUCGGGCCAUGGAUUUAAGAUGCUGCCCAUCUUUGGAGGUUUCGUGAAGGAUCUUUUGGAUAAGGGAGUUCAGUCUCAGCCCAAGUGGCAAUGGAAGGAAACCAAGGCCAAGUCAACUGGUGCUUGGCGUAGUAGUGCCGGCCAAGAGCUGGCGAACAUCCCCCGCGCCAAG